ACACACCCACUCAGGAUUUUAAUUUAUUCCUUUGCAACGGUAAAACAGACUGUCUAGCUCUGCUCUUCUUUAGUGCAUUCUGACUUCAACUGCACCCAGGACUGGAAAAGAAGGAAUAAACAGCAGCGAAUUUCCAACUAACAACAGUGAAGAUGGGAAAGCGGCGCUUCUCAGGGUUGGAGGUGACCCUGAUUGUGUUGUUUUCAUUGGCGCUGGUGGUCGCUGUCGCAUUGAUCGUUGUACUGGCCACUGGGGAACCAGGGGUGAUCAGAGAAGAUUCAGGAACAGACAUCGUCCCAGAAUGUCCCAACAUUCCAGAAGGAGAGAGAGUGGACUGUUUUCCAGAUGGCAGUGCUUCCCAGCAAAAGUGUUUAGAAAGAGCAUGCUGUUGGAGCCCCCUGAAUGAGACUAACGUCCCCUGGUGCUUCUUCUCCAAAAACCAUGGCUACAGCGUGGUCAGCGAAAACAAGCCUGACAGUACACAUGUUGAGGCACAGCUGACGAGAAUGGAUGCGCCAUCUCUAUUUGGAGCUGAUAUUAAAGAGUUGACCUUCUACGCUGAAAUGCAGACAGAAAACCGCCUUCGAUUUAAGAUCACUGAUGCAAAGCAAGCCAGGUAUGAGGUUCCUCACGAGCAUGUGCAGUCGCUCCCUUCCAGCUCUCCCACCGGACCCCUAAAAUACAGACUGGAGCUGAUCCAUAAGCCCUUCGGACUGAGAGUUUGGAGAACAUCUCCUGAAAAAAUCCUGUUUGACACAACCCUCGGGCCGCUGGUUUUUGCUGAUCAGUACCUUCAGCUCUCGGCUAAACUCCCCUCUCACAAUAUUUAUGGAUUAGGAGAGCAUGUCCAUCAGACCUUCCUCCAUGACACCAACUGGAGGACCUGGCCUAUUUUCACAAGAGAUGCUUUUCCCAAUGGCGGCACACACAACCUGUAUGGCCACUACCCCUAUUUGACAUGUCUGGAAGAUGAGAGCGGCCAAUCCAUUGGUGUUUUCCUCAUGAACAGCAAUGCUAUGGAGGUGACUAUCCAGCCUGCUCCGGCUGUAACCUUCCGGACUAUUGGAGGGGUUUUGGACUUCUACAUCCUGGUUGGAGACACACCGGAGGCAGUGGUGGACGAAUUCACAAAGCUGAUUGGCAGGCCUUUCAUCCCUCCAUACUGGUCUCUGGGCUUCCAGCUCUCUCGCUGGGACUAUGGCAGCCUGGACGAGGUGAAGAAAGUUGUGGAGAGGACCCGACUGGCCGGCCUUCCGUAUGAUGUCCAGUACACUGAUAUUGACUACAUGGAGGACAAAAAGAUCUUCACCUAUGAUAUGGAUAAAUUUAAGGACUUGCCUCAGUUUGCUGAAUACAUGCAUGAAAAAGGGCAGAAAUACAUCAUCAUACUGGAUCCUGCUGUGUCCACAGGUUCAAGGAUAAAUGGACCCUAUGAAACACUUGAAAGGGGACAUGAAGCUCAUGUUUGGGUCACUGAACCAGAUGGGGAAACACCUUUACUAGGAGAGGUCUGGCCAGGGGAAACCGUGUUUCCUGACUACACUAACGAUGCUUGCAUUGAAUGGUGGGUUGAUGAAAUUUUGCGAUUCCACGAAGAAGUCGAUCAUGAUGCUAUCUGGAUUGACAUGAAUGAGGUGGCCAAUUUUGUGAAGGGAGGCAUCAAAGGCUGCGCUGAUAACAAACUCAACUAUCCUCCAUUCACCCCACGUAUCAUUGAUGACCUGAUGUACAGUAAGACCUUAUGUAUGGAUGCUAAACACAAAUGGGGAACCCACUAUGAUGUCCACAGUCUCUAUGGGUACUCUAUGGUCCUGGCCACUGAGAAGGCGUCGAGAAGAGUGUUUGGGAACAGCCGUUCCAUGGUCUUUUCCCGCUCCUCCUUCCCCGGGGUGGGCAAAUACGCUGGGCACUGGUUGGGCGACAAUGGCGCCAACUGGAAUGACAUUAAGUGGGCUAUACCAGGCAUGCUGGAGUUUAACCUCUUCGGAGUACCUUACAUCGGUGCGGACAUCUGUGGGUUCUUCGACGACUCAACAGAGGAGCUUUGCAGACGUUGGAUGCAAGUUGGCGCGUUCUACCCCUUCAGCCGUAACCACAACGCACAAGGUUACAAAGACCAGGACCCUGCAUCAUAUGGCAUUGAUUCUCUCUUGGUGAACUCCUCCAAGCAUUACCUGAACAUCCGAUACACCCUCCUGCCAUACCUCUACACACUUUUCUACAAGGCCCACACUAAUGGAGAGACCGUACUGCGUCCCGUGAUGCAUGAGUUCUAUUCCGACAGUGAAACCUGGGCGGUGGACAAGCAGUUCUUGUGGGGAGCACACCUUCUUAUCACACCUGUGUUGGAUCCUGGUGUUACAACUGUGGAUGCCUAUAUCCCAGAUGCCAUCUGGUAUGACUUUGAGACGGAGACGAAGAUUACAGAACGAAAAGUAAAAGUUCAAAUGAACCUGCCUGAAGAUAAACUUGGUUUACACCUGAGAGGUGGAGCCAUUCUGCCUGUUCAAAGACCAGAUGUCACCACCACAUACAGCCGACUUCGUCCCAUGGGACUGAUCAUUGCUCUCGAUGACAACAAGGCUGCGUCAGGCGAGCUAUUCUGGGAUGACGGAGACUCUCGAGAUACUGUAUCAUCUGGCUCUAACAUUCGCUACCAGUUUUCAGUGGUUAAUAGUAUCUUGUCAAUGGACGUCGUCCACAAUGGGUACACGGAUCCAAACAACUUAAAGUUCGAGGACAUCACUGUGAUGGGAGUGACUACUGCUCCCACUCUCGUGCUUGUGUCAGACGGUACCGCUUCUUACGCUCUGUCCGAGUCCCAGGUUAACUACGAUUCUACCAAGCAGGUGAUCCAUCUGACGAAUCUGGAGCUGGAGCUUGGGAAGAGCUAUACAGUCCAAUGGGAGGCCACAGCCUCUGUAAAUUUUGAUUGCUACCCUGAAGGUGACGUCGAUGAGACCAAAUGCAAAGCCCGUGGCUGUAUCUGGGAGCCUUUAAGUAUUCCCAGUUGUUAUUACGCCGAGACCCAUGGCUACAUCGCCAGCAAUGUGGUUCAGUCACAAAGUGGCAUCAGUUUAGAUAUCGACCGCAAUACAGAAUUCCAAAGUCAGCGUUCUCUAUCUCGAGACAUCAACAAGCUCCGUGUGGAAAUCACAUACCUUAGUGAACACAGCCUACGUUGGAAGAUCUUCGACCCAGACAAUGCACGCUACGAAGUCCCCAUUUCCCUCAAUCUGCCAUCCACACCAGAGACAGACGAAACCAAGAGACUGUAUAAGGUCGAAAUCAAUAACCAGCCAUUUGGGAUCCGAGUGAUCAGAAAGGACACAGAUGAAACUAUAUGGGACUCUGCUGUGCCAGGGUUCACAUUCUCCGACAUGUUCCUUCAGAUCUCCACACUCCUCCCCUCAAACUACGUCUAUGGUUUUGGUGAAACAGAGCACUUCAGCUACAAACAUGACCUCAACUUUCACAAAUACGGCCUGUUUGCGAAAGACCAGCCUCCAGGGUAUAAGCUGAACAGUUAUGGUGUCCAUCCCUUCUACAUGGGUCUGGAGAAAUCAAAAAAUGCACAUGGUGUCCUCCUGCUCAACAGCAAUGCCAUGGAUGUGUCCUUCCAGCCUAAUCCAGCUUUGACCUACCGCACCAUCGGAGGUAUCUUGGACUUCUACAUGGUGAUGGGACCUACUCCAGAAGUUGUGGUUCAGCAGUACACUGAGAUGAUUGGCCGUCCGGUUCUUCCAGCCUAUUGGUCACUUGGAUUCCAGCUUUGUCGCUACGGCUACGCCAAUGAUACGGAGAUUGCAGAUCUUUACAAAGACAUGAAAGCUGCUGGAAUUCCUUAUGAUGUGCAAUAUGCAGACAUUGACUAUAUGGAGAGGCAGAUGGACUUUACGCUGGACCAAACGAACUUCAAGGGACUGCCAGCUCUGGUGGACCAAAUGAGGGCUGAGGGGAUGCGUUUCAUCUUCAUUUUGGACCCGGCUAUAGCGGCCAAUGAGACAGAAGACUACCCUGCGUUUCGACUCGGGAUGGAACAAGACGUUUUCAUCAAAUGGCCUCCUGAGCUCAGCAGUGACAUUGUGUGGGGAAAGGUGUGGCCUGACUAUCCCAAUAUCACUGUGGACAAUACCUUGGACUGGGAUACUCAAGUAGAGCUAUUCAGAGCUUUCGUGGCAUUCCCUGAUUUCUUCAAGGAAAGCACAGCAAAUUGGUGGCAGGAUCAGAUUAAAGACUUUUACAACAACAUCACUAAGUUUGACGGACUUUGGAUUGACAUGAAUGAGCCGGCCAGUUUCGUGCAUGGCACAGUUGGAGGAAAUUGUCUAGGAGAUCCCAAUUUGGAAAAUCCUCCAUAUAUGCCCCCACUGGAAUCCAUGCAAAGAGGUCUGAACCAUAAGACUUUAUGCAUGAACAGCCAGCAGAUCCUUGCUGAUGGCACAACUGUCAAACAUUAUGAUGUCCACAACUUGUACGGCUGGUCUCACACGGAACCCACUUACAAUGCUUUGCUCAGUACCACUGGCAAGAGAGGUGUCGUUAUUACCCGUUCAACAUACCCAUCUAGUGGUCGGUGGGCAGGACAUUGGCUGGGAGACAACUACUCUGCCUGGGACCAGCUUCUGAAGUCCAUCAUAGGCAUGAUGGAGUUCAGCAUAUUUGGCAUCCCUUACACGGGUGCUGAUAUCUGUGGCUUCUUUAACCCUGCCGAAUACGAGAUGUGCUUGCGUUGGAUGCAGCUUGGAGCUUUCUACCCAUUUUCCAGAAACCACAACACCAUAAACAUGCCAAGGCAGGAUCCCGUGGCCUGGGGAGAGGAGUUUGCUAAUAUGUCUCGUGAUGUGCUGAAUAUUCGCUAUACCCUCCUGCCAUAUUUGUACACACUGAUGUAUGAAGCUCACGUUUACGGAAACACUGUGGUCAGACCAAUGCUGCACGAGUUUGUCACUGAUGAAACCACAUGGAGCAUCGACAGGCAGUUCCUCUGGGGUCCUGCCCUUCUGAUAACACCUGCUUUGGACCAGGGCGUUACUGUGGUCAGGGGCUACGUGCCAAAUGCCCGCUGGUACGAUUACCACACGGGUGAAGUUGUUGGAGUACGAGAACAGUUUGUGGAUAUGAAUACACCAUUAACGAAAAUUAACCUGCACGUGAGAGGAGGCUACAUCCUGCCCUGGCAGAAACCAGAGAACAACACACACUACAGUCGUCGGAAUCCUCUGGGUCUGCUCGUUGCUCUUGAUGAUGCAGGUUCAGCACAUGGAUCCCUGUUCUGGGAUGAUGGAGAGGGAAUCGAUACUGUUCAGGACAAGCGUUUCCUCUUGACAUCUUUCGAUGUUUCUUCGGGUGUUCUUACUAGCACGGUUACCACAGAUGGUCUGGCCGAGGCUGACAGGUUGACCCUGGGUGUUGUGAAGGUGUGGGGUGUAACAGGGCCCAUCACUGAUGUUACCAUGACUGCGGCUGAGAAGCCUAAUGCCACCUUGGAUUUCACAUAUAAUGCUGAGGUUCAGGAGUUGCUGAUUGACGUAGAAUCACAAUCUCACACCAUUGAAAAGCCUUUCACAAUCACCUGGAGGACAGCUUAGACAUGGACACAAGUCUAUGAAGACGGGGUUGAGCCAAGCAUGAUUAUUUCUGUUUAUUUAUGAAUGUUCAGUCAGCUAGUAAUUUAUUUAGCAUUCCCACUAAGAGCGUUUUGUGGUAAAUAUUUAAAAUCUGAAAUAAUUUCCUCUAAUAUAAAUGUUUUGUUCCCGAAGAUACAUUGAUGUUGUUUUGAUUCGGAUCUCAUAUUAAAAACUAUUAGCAUUUGUGCGUUUUUUUUUUUUUGUUUUUGUUUUUUUUUAGGCCGAACUUUGAAGACGGAAUGUCUAAUGCCGGCAUUUGGGGAAGUGGGAAUAUAAUGAUAACCCUUAAUUAUCAGCAAUCACUGCUUUUUAACGAGAAAACCUCUCAGCGACGGCUACCUGCCGGGCUCGCUUCAUGCACGACUACAUUUUGAUGUAAUGAUACAAUAUUCAAUUAUUCAUUCUACAGUAAACAUAAUGAUAUCAAUUAAGCAACGGAGACUGUAAAUUGAUUUCUGCUCUAAUUGGCAAUCAUCGCGAGCUGGAAACAUGGACGCCGCGGGGAAGGAGGCGUUCAGGGUGUGCCUUCGAUAUUUAGACACUAGCCAAAAACAAUGAUAAUUGAGAACCUUUUUUUUUUUUUUUUUUUUUUUUUUUUUAUCUGAGUGUGAAACAGGAUGGAGCCGUUCUGACUGAGACUGUAAUUAUUUGGGUUUUCUAUUACGCGAAAGGUGUUUAUCCAGUAUUUAAUUAGCAAAGAAAAGUGGUCCUGCAUUCUGUUUUUUAUAUAACAACGUUUCUUCUUUAGUCAAAUGUACAAUUAUUCAUGGAGUUUAUACAAAGUCGUAACCAUAACCAUCUUAAGUUCAUUGCUGUCCAUUAAGCGACAUGUGAAAGAAUCAUACAGCUGUAACAUGGAGAGAGACUUUAAAACUGCAAUAAAGUGAUUUAAACCUCA